AUGCAUGAACAGAAGUCAGACCCCGAAGAGAAGUCCGGAAACACCCUUGCCCAGACCUACUCCCAUAAUGUUGGACAAGUCGUCACUCUCGAGCCAUAUCAUGAUGCUGUCUUUGGAGACAUCGGAGGGGACGGUCCAAAUUAUCGCAAUGUAGGAUGGCUCGGAACGGUAGCCCUCAUGAUGAAAACUCAGAUCGGUCUCGGUGUUCUUUCGAUUCCAGCAGUAUUCAACAGUCUUGGAAUGAUACCCGGCAUCAUUUGUCUCCUGGUGAUCGCCGCCAUCACCACUUGGUCAGACUAUAUGGUUGGAGCUUUCAAGCUGAACCAUCCCGAAGUCUACGGAAUUGACGAUGUUGGGAGAUUGUUGUUCGGCAAAAUCGGUCGUGGAGUGAUGGGCGUCGCCUACGUUCUCUGGUCUGGUAUGCUGAGCAUCUCGAUUGCUCUCAAUGCUCUUUCGACUCAUGGAGCAUGCACCGCUGUCUUCGUUGCUGUCGCCGCCAUCAUCGGAUUCAUCUUCUGUAGCAUCCAGACUCUAGGACGUAUCACAUGGCUGGCAUGGGUCGGUGUCAUUGCCAUAAUUGCCUCAAUCUUGACCCUUACUGUAGCGGUCGGAGUCGGAGGUCGUCCGGCUUCAGCACCCCAGGAUGGCCCUUGGAAGUCGGACUACAAGCUUUUCGGUGAUCCUUCAUUCGUGGAUGCUAUCUCAGCGGUGUCUUCUUUGGUCUUUGCCUACGCCGGCACACCUGGAUUCUUCCCCAUUGCUUCCGAGAUGCGUGACCCUCGCCUGUUUACUCGUUCACUCAUCAUCUGUCAAUCCCUCGUCACGGCGAUCUACAUCGCAAUCGGUAUCGUGGUCUACUACUUCUGCGGGUCGUACGUUGCGUCACCCGCACUUGGCUCUGCGGGAGUGACUAUGAAAAAGGUCUGCUAUGGUCUAGCUCUACCAGGCCUCUGUGUUAGCACCAUCCUACUUUCACACUACGUUUUCCUUCGUAUACUGCGUGGCACGAAGCACGUCACUCAAAACACCCUGAUCCAUUGGGUGACUUGGUUCUGUUGUACUGCCGGCACCAUCAUCAUCUCGUACAUCAUUGCUAGUGCCAUUCCGGUCUUCGGCGGCCUUGUGUCUCUUGUCGGUGCACUCCUCGGUACGUUGCUUUCUUUCCAACCUUAUGGAUGUAUGUGGCUGUACGACAACUGGCGUGGUGAACGUACGCGGAUUUGGUACCUGAUGGUCGGCUGGUGUGUCUUCGUCAUCGUCUCGGGAAUGUUUCUCAUGAUCGCCGGCACGUAUGGUUCUAUUGUCUCGAUUAUUGACAGCUACACCGUGGACGGCGGUACAUCAGCUUGGUCAUGUGCGGAUAAUUCUGGAUCCUCUUGA